AUGAACAACUCCAGUCCCAUUCCUAUCGCUAGCGGCGCGCAAAACAUCGAUCUGAGUCAGUACGACAGCGACGGCACAGGGCAAGAAUGCACGAACCUGAUCUCCGUCGCCCAAUCCUCAAAAACCUUUCUCGAGCACCUGACCCACAUUUUCAACACACGCGGCUAUGCAAUGACUGCCUUCGGCCACUACAUCAACUUCGUCAACUCUCCACCAAAGGGCUACACAGAAUACUGGCGCCAUCGCAGAAUCGUCCUUCCUGAUGACCCGCAAUACCUCACCAUCGGCGACCUUUAUGUUUAUGGCCAUCCCUCCANNAAAAAGCCUUUCAAGUCAGUGGCGAGGUUUGGUCAGCAUUUGGUUAGUAUUGUGAUGGGUGAUUUGGAGAAUUGCAGGUGUGUUUUGUGUGAUAGGGAUGGUCCGGCUCCGAAGGACCCUGAGUACCCGGUGGAUCCUACGGUGCCUGUUAUGCGUUGA